AUGCCUUCACAAUUUAUCGAUUCUUUCUCUCCAAUGGAGGCUUCUAUCGAUUCUCCCACCGUUACAAAGGACGAACCCCUCGACUUCGAUGAUUUCGGUAGUCUCGGUAUGUUGAUGACCGGCCCAAUCACUCCAGCCUCGACAGCUCCGAGUGAUCUCUACAUCGGAACCCCUUGUGGGGAUUCUCCUACUCCCAGCUAUUCGGAAAGCCCUGGAAACAGUCUCUCCCCAACUCCUGGCCCAGGUGAAGCCCCGAAAGAUGGUGAAAAGAAGCCAGUCAAGAAACGAAAGUCAUGGGGCCAAGUUCUUCCUACACCAACAACCAACCUUCCUCCUCGCAAACGUGCCAAGACUGAACCUGAAAAGGAGCAGCGUAGGAUUGAGCGUGUUAUUAGAAACCGCCAAGCAGCACAAACCUCUCGGGAACGAAAACGGUUAGAGUACGAGGCACUCGAAAAGGCCAAGGCUGCUCUUGAGGUUGACAACAACGAGCUCAAGAGCAAGUUGACUCUCACCGAAAGAGAGAACAUCGAGCUUGCCCAACGUCUUUCCAACCUUGAGCAACAAGUCAAAAUGUUCCAAGACACCAUGAACGUUGCCAGACAGAUCGCCGACAAGGUCAAUUUCUCACAGUCUGGUGUUCCAGUCCCAACUGACAUCCCAUCACCUGUCGGCUCUGAUGACGUUCCCUCCAGAAUGUCCUUUGUCGACAACACUCUUGAUCCAAAUACCCUUUUCUCUAAUGAAGCAAUACCUACUGUUGGCAACAAUGACAUCGACGAUCUAUUCGAUUCAGAUGCCUUUUCUACAACUUUUCUUGAGUCUCAAACGGGGGACCAAGAUUCCGGAUACUCAACUAGCACGCUUUUCUCCCUUGAUUCUUUGGUUGAUUACGACCAAACCGACCAAGCAGCUUUGGCGACGACUUCUGACCUGCAACCCGGCCUGCGCGCUCCUAUUGGUAGCGACGGACGAGCGACUGCAAUCGGAGUCGAGCAAUGUGAUGAGAUUGAUUACGGACCCGUGAAACGGUCUGCAACAUGGAACAUUUCAAGGCGUCCUGGAAGUCCAGGUUGUGGGGGGUUUGUUUGA